CCGCAGUUUACUGUCAGGCACCUUUCGAACAAGACUGCCUCAUCUGCGCGCUAUGUAUCAUCCCUCAGUCGAUUUUACAGCCCUCGACCCGCGUGACGAAGCUCACGACGAUUACGACUAUGACUACGACUAUGACUACGACGAGUCACACGAGAAAGGAGAUUUUGCCACUAGCGACGAUGCCUCAGACCCACAUUACUACGAACAGGGGGAGGAGGAAAAUGCUCUCCCCGAUCAUGAAUACCCCACACCGCAAUAUCGGCCGUAUUCUCGAUGGCCAUACCUCGAACCUAUCACGACGGGAGAAACGCUGCAAUUGGCGGAGGAUACAGGCCGCGAUUCGGACCAGACCGGCAGUCAUAUCGUCGGGAAUCCAUUCCUGGAUUCCAACAUCCCAGUCACUCCCCCCACGGUUCACUACCUUGACCAUUCACCUAUACACACUGUUGAUCAUUUCCAAUACGAUUCCGAGUCGUACGCGUCCGGGAUUUACUCUGGCUUGAAUCACCGUGCUCUGCGGUCGCGCUCACCUACUCCGGCCGCUGAAGAUGAGGGAAACACGAGUUUCCAGUCUACAGCCUCCGCUCCGGACGCUGAGAAAGGAACUUUCCACGGUGGCUACCGUGGAUCAUAUACUUCGUAUGGCUCAGGCCCAGCGCCCAGUUACGGCUCAGAUCCGGAGUCGCCCCCACCUUCAAAGGAAGAGCAGCCUGUGGAGACGCGACAUUUUGGCCCUGCACCUGUGGGGCGCAUCGUACGCCGCAACAAUUCCAAGAAACGCGUUCGCUUGGUCGACGGGAAGCUUGUAGUAGAGCUGCCCAUACCCCCGAAACUGGCUCUUCCUCACCGAGGAUCUUAUGAAACGCGCAAAACGCGAUACCAAGCCAUUACGUGCGGACCUGACGAGUUUGAGCAGAAAGGAUUCACCCUACGACAAAACCUGAUGCACCGGCGGACCGAGCUCUUCAUUGUGGUGACGAUGUACAAUGAAGAUGAGGUUCUUUUUUGUCGGACCAUGCAUGCCGUUAUGCGGAACAUCGCGCAUCUUUGUACCAGAAAGAAGUCGCAAACCUGGGGUCCUGAAGCAUGGAAGAAGGUUGUAGUAUGUAUCGUGGCUGAUGGUCGUCGCAAAGUUCACCCUCGUGUGCUGGAUUGUCUUACUCUCCUGGGAGUAUAUCAGCCUGGUGGACCACUCGUUAAUUCAGUCGAUAAAAAGGACGUCCAGGCGCAUCUGCAAGUGUUCCUUUGCUUUUCGCAAAGCUUGGCAGCUGACAUUCCCAGAUUCGAAUAUACAACAUCGUUUUCAAUCGAUUCGAACCUCAAGUUCCGAUACCCUGAUAAAGGGAUCGUGCCAACACAAAUAAUCUUUUGCAUGAAGGAGAAGAACCAGAAGAAAAUCAACAGUCACCGGUGGUUUUUCAACGCGUUCGCUCCGUUGCUACAGCCCAAUGUCUGUGUUCUCCUGGAUGUAGGCACGGUUCCAGGACCCACAUCAAUCUAUCGACUGUGGAAGACAUUUGAUCUCAAUUCGAGGGUCGCAGGCGCUUGUGGAGAGAUCUGUGCCUACAAGGGGAAAAAUUGGUCGUUACUCCUCAAUCCGCUUGUUGCGGCUCAGAAUUUUGAGUACAAGAUGUCCAACAUUCUCGAAAAGCCUGUCGAGGAUAUUUUCGGUUACAUCAGCGUUCUGCCUGGAGCAUUCUCUGCUUACCGCUACAUCGCAAUACAGAACAACAAACACGGACUCGGCCCACUAGCCAGCUAUUUCAAGGGAGAGGUCUUGCAUGGGCAUGAUACGGACAUCUUCACUUCGAACAUGUACCUGGCAGAGGAUGUGAUUAUGUCUUUGACCUCGCCGAGACAAGGAACUCACGUGACACAGCGAAUUCUGUGCUUCGAGCUCGUCGCAAAAGCCAACAGCGACUGGAUUCUCAAAUUCGUCAAGAAUGCAGUUGCAGAGACCGAUGUUCCUGACGGGCUCCCCGAAUUUAUCAGUCAGCGUCGACGGUGGCUCAAUGGAUCAUUCUUUGCCGCGACAUAUGCCAUCGCCCAUGUCGGUCAAAUCCUGCGCUCUGGACAUAGCAAGACGCGCAAGACAUUCUUGAUGAUUGAGACGGGCUAUACAGCCAUCAACCUGUUGUUCUCGUGGUUCAGUCUGGCCAACUUCUUUAUUUUCUUUGUGGUGCUCACAUCGUCACUUGAAGACCCAUACUUCAAGAUGCCCGCUAUCAAGUAUGCCAACACUGUUGUGCAGUACACUCUGAUUGCUGUCAUCAUUGCCUGUUUCCUACUUGCGAUGGGGAACAAGCCACGGGCCGCUAAAUGGAAGUACCAGACGGCUUCGAUUCUGUUUGCGGUCUUGAUGAUGUACAUGAUCUUUGCGUCGGUUCUCUGUGCUCUAGCAGCUGCACAUCAAGGGGGACAAGCGAACUCAGUCAUGCUCUUCAGCUUGGUCAUCACCUACGGCUUGUAUGCAAGCAGCAGCAUCCUGGCAUUCGACCCAUGGCAUAUGGUCACCAGCUUCCUUCCGUAUCUGCUAUUAUCUCCCACCUACAUCAACAUCCUCAACAUUUAUGCCUUCUCCAAUCUCGACGAUAUAUCGUGGGGCACAAAACAAGACUCGGUCGUCGAACCCGACCUCGGCGCUGUUGUGCAGAACAUCCACGCGCAGGUUGAUGUCGAGAUGGCAACGAAUCAGGCGGAUAAAAACUUGAUCUACGAGGAGGCAUUGUCCAACAUAAAGAACAGGAAACCUGCCUUCUCCAACUCAUCAGGUCUCUCCCACGCAGAAAGAGAUCAGGCGGCUAAGGAUUACUAUGCCAAGGUCAGGACGAUUGUUUUGUUGGCUUGGGUUUUGUCGAAUGGCGCGCUUCUCGCUGGGGUGCUCGGUGGAGGCGCUGAGCCUGCCGCUGCGUUCAGCGGUCAAACCGUGGUCGGCCGCACCAAGGGUUAUCUUAUCUUUAUCCUCGUAUUUACUACUCUGCAGAGUCUGAUACGAUUUAUGGGCUCAACGACCUACUUGCUUAUUCGUUUAAUUACAGGAAACUGAAUACAUGGGAUAUACUUUCAAUGCUAUGCUUUCAAGGGAACAAGAAAUCGUAGAAAAGUGCCGCCCGCUGCGCUGCCGGCACAGGCCGAGCUGGGCGACGGACAGGGGCUCGGACUGGCGACCGUGAUGGAGAGGAACUUGAGCGCACAUGCUCCCAUGUCGUUCUGGUUCGCAAGGACAGACGCGUCAUCCGGUGUUGCAAUACGCUGCUCUCGUCUCGAAUGGUUUCAUUCGCGCCAUCUUCACCGUUGACCACAGACCAGGCGUCGUCUGUCGCCGGUGAGGGAGAUCUUGAAGCAGGAGUCUCCUCGAUAGUAGACAUCGCAAAGUCAGACUGCCCGUCAAAGUCGCUGGCAAAUUCCGAGUCACUGUGCUGGGAUGAAAGCUCGGCAUCCGUCGCUGGAGGCGUGUCCAGUCCCGAGGCGGCAUGAUAGCCCGGAUGCACAACAUUGGGCCGCAGGAGAUAGGUCAGUCGCUGAGAAUCGCCUGCUGCGUUCGAAACCUCUUUGCCUGUGUCUCGCUGUCAGUUGCCACGUAGAUCUGCUGGGAAGAAAACGACGGACUGAAGCUGACAAUAUUGUGAUAUCUGGCCGUGCAGUGCACAACGUAUCUCGCAAAAGGAUCGUCUGAUAUUCGCCACACUAAUUGCAGCGGCGUCCGCGUCAACUCGAGUACCGAGCCCGUUUCUCCGACAGGUCUCCCCACAGCAUCGAGUAUAUCGGUUUGGAUACCCCCCUCUGGAUCCAGCACAACGCCACCUUCGAGCCAGCACAAGAUUUCCGUUUCGAUCUCUCGCACAAGGAUCCGGGAGCGGAAACCCAUCUUUCGUAGAUCUCGGCGCAUGCCCUUCAGGCUCAACGAGAACCGACCGCAGUCGGUCGAUUUAGGAUCUUGCAUGGGGGGUUGACUGGGCAGCAGCUUAUUGUCGCGCGUGAGGUAGGCAGGGAGAGGCUCCGGGAAGGUAGAGCGCGCAUUCGGGAGAGGGGGAUGCAAGUCGGCUUUCCCCGGCUGGACGACAUAAGCAUUACCCGCGAAACGUGCUGCGCGGACAUGUCAUCCUCGACCAUCACCCUCUCAACAAGUAUGCGCACCGUUCUCUUGGCGCCGAAUCCAACGCUUGCCCUCAUUGUCGCUGCGACGUAGCGACUUGAGCUUCUUAGGAGCGGGUUUGGGCUUGGGAGCGGCAGAUUCACUGAGAUGUGCGAAUCGAGAUUGGAGGCCUGAGUUACGGAGUAUUGCAGGGAAUGAUAGAGGAAUGGGUGCUGCGCUAUCUGGUAACGCUGCGUCUGGGACUUGUGCGCUCAUUGUAGAGGUUAAAACCGCGUUCGAGAUAAGAGUAGUUUGGGGCUGUGCCGAGUGACGGUACCGAGGAUGAUGGAUUCUGGUCCCGAUGUGACUAUGUGGCGCUACCAAC